UUGCCCUCAAGAAAUGUUAUGUUUAUGUUUAUAACUGUAUGAUUACUUUAAUGUUGUAAUUUUACUUAGUUUGAGCCUAUAGAUCACUAUGGGUUAUUAAUUAUGUUCUUAAGGUUUCAGGUCUUUAAUGUUUCAGCUUCAUAUAUAACCCUCUCUGUUUUCACAGAAUGUUUCUUUCAUUAUGUAAUAUGUAAGAUGAUUGUAUGUAUAAAACAAUAAAUCACAAAAAAAAAUGACUUGCUUUUCUGGACCUUUGUAGAAAAUGGCAGGAAUAAGGCCCAGGAGAUGUAAAAAAAAACCAGAAGAGGAGGCAGUAUAUUAUGCAUCAAUGUGUAAAGACAAUGCUGGAUUUGUAGCAAAAUAUAUCAAUUCAUUCAAAGGUCGGGGAGUGUUCACCACUUCUCACUUUCAUAGAGGAGAUUUUCUCCUUGAAUACCGAGGAGAGGUCAUAAAAAAAGAGGAAUAUGAAAGAAGACUCAAAUUAUAUGACAGUUCACUCGAAGUGUUUUUAUUUGAAUUCCGUUUUAAUGGAAAACAAUUAUGGGUUGAUGCUGCCAAAGAAGAUGGAUCUUUAGGACGUCUUGUGAAUGAUGAUCACGUGAACCCCAACAGCAAAUUGAAAAUUAUCACAGUGGACAAAAAGCCCCAUUUGUGUUUAUUUGCUAGAAAGGACAUUAGUCCUGGGGAAGAAAUCUGUUAUAACUAUGGGGAUUCUGAAUGGCCAUGGAGACACCAGGUAACUUCGGAGACUGAAGAACCUGCCUCAUUCGUCCGUGGAGAUGGGCAUAAAACAUCACAGCCGGUAACUUCUGAGACUGAAGAACCUGCCUCAUUCGUCGGUGGAGAUGGGCGUAAAACAUCACAGCCGGUAACUUCAGAGACUAAAGAACCUGACUCAUUCGUCCGUGGAGAUGGGCGUAAAACAUCACAGCCGGUAACUUCAGAGACUGAAGAACCUGCCUCAUUCGUCGGUGGAGAUGGGCGUAAAACAUCACAGCCGGUAACUUCAGAGACUGAAGAACCUGCCUCAUUCGUCCGUGGAGAUGGGCGUAAAACAUCACAGCCGAUUUGCAAACAUGACAUCAUUCUUUCAACCGUGUCAAGCUUGGAUAAUUGUGCCAGCUGUAGUGGGCCGUAUUCUGCAUUAAAAUGGAUUGGUGUAAAGUGUAAGAUUUGCUCAUGUUUCUGGCAUAAAUCUUGCUACAACAAGAAUGUGAUGCCUUACCUUGACUCAUUUGAACCAAAUUCUGAAGAAGAAUUAUUUAAGGAGGACUCAGAUAAGGACUAUGUUCCCAGUAGUUUUUCAGAGGAUUCGGAGUCGGACAUGGUGUCUUUAGAACUAGAGUGCCCUAAACCACUCUCCAACAUAGACUGCCAAGAAAGCGUCUUAGUAAAAGAUUCCCUACCUGAAGAUGCAGUCUGCACAGCACAACUGAAAAAGUCAUGCAGGAAAGGCGAGCAGGUACCCAACAAAACAGGGAUUGAUAAUAUAGGGUCUGAGGAUACCACAGAAUGUGGGGAAGGUCCAUCAGUACCAUCCUCUGAAAUAUCCACUUCAGGACAUAAGAAUUACUGUUAUAUUUGUGGAAAGCCCCAAUCGAAAUUCACAAGACACCUAAAAAUUCAUGAAAACACAAAUAUGGAUGUUGCUAGGGCUCUGGCCUUGCCGAAGCAUUCCAAGGAACGUAAGAAACUGCUGGACAAACUAAGAAAUAAAGGAAAUUAUGAACAUAAUGCAAGUGUUUUAGCCAGUGGAUCGGGGCAGUUAAAACUCAAACGUAAACCGAAGAAAAAUUACAAUCCAAAUGAUUAUGUGAAUUGCAUGUAUUGCCAUGCAAUGUUCCUACGCAGAGAAUUGUGGAGACAUGUACGGAACUGUCCUUCUAAGUCAGGGGAUCAGGAACAACCAGGAAGAAAUAAGGUACUGGCUUUAGCGACAAUGUCUGAUUCAGUUCUCUGUCAGCAAAUGUCACAGAGUGUUUGGAAACUCCUAACACCAAUGAAAGAUGAUGACAUCUCUGCUGCUGUGCGGAGUGAUUUCACCAUCCUACAGCUGGCACAAUCAUUUUUCAAUAAACAUGGCCAAGAUCCGUCUAAACAUGAUUACAUUCGGCAGAAGCUAAGAGAGGUUGGAAGACUUUUGUUGGUCCUGAGAAAGCAAUUCUCAUUGCAUACGAUUGAGGAUGCUGUUAAGCCUGCAAAUUUUGAGAUGCUUAUACAGGCUGUCAAAAGAGUAUCUGGGUAUGAUGCAGCAAAACACACUUACCAGACUCCAAGCCUUGCUCUUAAGCUUGGUCACUCUUUGAACAAGUUAUGUGACAUCAUACACUGUAGAGCGUUAAUGGCUGAAGAUGAUGCAAGGAUUAAGUCAACUCAGACUUUCAAAAAGUUGGUUAAUUCGAAAUGGUCGGAACUUGUGUCUCAUGGUGCUUUAACCACUUUACAUGAAGGUCAUUUUAAUAAACCAUCCACCCUUCCGUUUACAGAAGAUGUUCAGCGUCUUCAUCAACAUCUCGAAACAGUCGCUGAUUUAGCUACUGACAACUUGAAGAAGACUGCUUCAACAAAAGUCUAUGGAGAACUGUGCAGAUCGACUCUUGCCAAAAUUAUUCUGUUCAAUCGACGACGUGUAGGAGAAGUUGCAAGGAUGCAAUUAAAAUGUUUCCUGGAGAGGGACACAACUCCUCUUCACAAAGAUGUUGCUGUUGGCCUUACAGCAUUUGAGCAGAAACUUUGCUCACAUUUCAGUAGAGUAGAAAUUAGGGGGAAAAGGGGGCGUAAAGUAGCAAUUUUGCUAUCACCAGACAUGGUCGAUGCUUUAACACUUCUGAUAAGCAAAAGACAAGAGUGUGGAGUUCCACAAGACAAUACAUUUCUUUUUGCAAGACCCAGAUGUUUGACUUCAUAUCGAGGUCAAGACAGUCUACGGAUUUACGCAGAAGAGUGUGGUGCCCAGAACCCUGAGCUCCUCCGGUCAACACAGCUGCGCAAGCAUGUAGCAACAUUAUCACAGGUCCUGAACUUAAAAAACCAUGAGUUGGAUCAAGUGGCAGACUUCUUGGGCCAUGAUAUACGUGUCCACAGGGAAUAUUACAGGCUUCCAGAGGCUACAACCCAGCUGGCAAAAAUUUCUAAACUUCUUCUUGCCAUGGAAAAAGGUUCUCUUACAAGUCUUCAAGGCAAAUCACUUGAAGAAAUUGACAUUGAAGAAACCCUAGACUUAACUGAUUCAAGUGAUGACAGUGAUGCUGAGGAGGCAGAUCAGCAAACACAAAGUGAAAUUGAUGAUGACCCUGCCUUAGAAAGCACAGCUGCAGCUGUUUACCAAAAAAGUAAAAAGAAGAAGAAGUCCAGCGAUAGGGAAGAGCAUGAACAAGCUGCACUAAAGCGAGUUAGGCGACCUGUCGAGGAUCUUCCAGGCACCUCAGAUGAUGAUGACCCUGCCUUAGAAAGCACAGCUGCAGCUGUUUACCAAAAAAGUAAAAAGAAGAAGAAGUCCAGCAAUAGGAAAGAGCAUGAACAAGCUGCACUAAAGCGAUUUAGGGGACCUGUCGAGGAUCUUCCAGGCACCUCAGAUGAUGAUGACCCUGCCUUGGAAAACACAGCUGCAGAUGAUGACCCUGCCUUGGAAAGCACAUCUGCAGCUGUUUACCAAAAAAGUAAAAAGAAGUCCAGCAAUAGGAAAGAGCAUGAACAAGCUGCACUAAAGCGAGUUAGGCGACCUGUCGAGGAUCUUCCAGGCACCUCAGAUGAUGAUGACCCUGCCUUAGAAAGCACAGCUGCAGCUUUUUACCAAAAAAGUAAAAAGAAGAAGUCGUCCAGCAGUAGGGAAGAGAAUGAACAAGCUGUCGUUCCUGUAAAUCCUGCUGAAAAGAAGAAUGCCAGAAGGAAACAAAAACAGCAAUGGUCUCCAACUGAAAUCACAGCAGUAAUGAGACACUUUAAAAAACAUAUUACACAGGGAAAACUUGCUACUAAAAUUGAUUGUCAGCAGUGCAAGAAUGCUGAGCAUCCUGCAUUGGCUAAUCGGUCUUUACAAAAUAUUAGAGACUUCGUAAGAAAUAGGGGUCUGACAGAGAAGAGAAAGAGACAGGCACAAAACAUUUAGUGUUCUGAUGGUGGUAAUUUUGGUUUUAUAUGUAUGAGCAAGGUUAUACAUUGUUAAUUUUAAAGUUCAUUGCUUUGUUAAUUUUAGGUUCAUCAAAGGUAAAUGGUACCUCAAGGCAUUUUUGGUUAUUUUUUAUUUUUUUAUUUGAAAAAGUAAAGUACACAUUAAACUUUGCUACUUGUUACCAUACUUGGUGUACUGUUAUAUGUUCUUGCAUUUUAUAUAUAUAUGUAGGAAAACAAACUAUGAUUUGAAAUAAGUUUUGCCCAUUUAAAAUCAAAAUAUUUUGAUGUAUUAUUAUUUUAAUAAAUGUCAUUAAUUUGCACCAGUCACAGUGACUUGCAGUCCCUGGAUAAGGCUUGUGUUUGCAGUUACAACAGACCUGAGAAUGUUGUUUUCACUUUGUUAA